UGUACCUAUUUUUUCAACAUGAACAGCACAUCCUGUUCCUGCUUUUGACUGUGUAAUUUCCUCUCUGACUUUGACUGACGCAUUUCACAAACCCACAGCUGGCAAGUGUUCCCUUGUAGCGCCUUUUGGUCUAAGGCAUGGCGGGCGUGUGGCAGAGGUUACUGUGGCCCUGGAUCGUCUUGGUGAUCGUCAGGGCGAGAGCGAACGCACUUCCAGACAUCACUGAUGAGGAAUUCAUUGGCAAAUGUGUCAGGGAGCACAACAAGGCACGCUCAUCUGUUAGUCCACCUGCAUCUGACAUGCUGUACAUGACAUGGGACAAACGCCUAGCAAUCACUGCAAAAGCAUGGGCAGAGCGCUGUGAGUUUAGACACAAUGAAGACCGACACAGCCAUCCAGAAUUUUCCUCUGUAGGGGAGAACAUAUGGGCAGGCCACCCAACAUCUGAAUUCUCUGUAAACAAAUCUGUGGAAAAAUGGGUGAGUGAAAAGGAAGACUACAACUACAAAGACAAUAAAUGCAACGCUAACAAGGAAUGUCGUCAUUAUACACAGAUUGUGUGGGCAUCCACACACAAGGUCGGCUGUGCCGCCCAGCUUUGUUCAAACGGCAUUGGUAAAUUCCAUACUGCAAGUGUCUUUUUUGUGUGUAACUACGGUCCACACGGUAACUUAAGAGGAAUGCAUCCAUAUAAUACUCAAGGGCCAGCCUGCUCUCGAUGUACAGGCAAUUCCAGCUGUCAGGAAAGUCUUUGCCGCUAUGACUGGACCCCAGAUUGGGCGCCUUCCCACUCCGGUCGAGCAAAUUAUGUGGCCAUUCUCAUCACGCGGCCCAUUGCCCUCCUCUUCACCAUUGUCACGGCACAUGCUGUACACUACAAGUACCCCAAUGUUUUCUGCUAUGAAUAGUGCUCAUGCAACAGCUACUUUUAUUUUGUCUAUAGGCGGCUUUUGAAUCUCAGCUGCAAUAAAGAGAAAUUUAGAAUAAUAUACGUGCUAAAAUUUCACAUCUAAAUAACUAGGAAAACAAUGUGUGAGCUAUAAUAACAAUUUCUCUGUCUGCUAAAAAAGGAGCUACAAACUGUCAGUCAUUACAGCUGCACAAAUACCGUAAAUGUUUGAGAUUUUAUUUUGUGUGAUGUGAAAUUUAUUAUGUUUUACAGCCUAUGACAGUAUCAUCAGCGCAAUGCAUCAGUAGUUUUCAACACUCUUGAGCAUUAAUGCACCUACUGAGAACCCAGAUUAGGUACCAGAUGUUUGUGGAGAGACCAGAAUAAUACAGGGUGACAUUUAAAUUUUAUGAACAGAGCUCUAAACAAACCCUAGCAACAAUAUUUAAGGUGAUAAUGUUCCAAAAUUAGCUUUACAGAUUUUACUCACAAAAUAAGAUCCAGAUUGCUAAGAUAACAGACAUAUUUCCCUAAGACGUAUUGAACUUAAAAACAGAGGAAAACAUAUUUUCUAAUGUGUGAACAAUUACCAUACAAAAUCUGAAGAAUAAAAAAAUGCCUGUGAUGCUUUAUACUGGAAUUUGUUUCACUCCAAGCAUAAAACAUUUAUUCUGAGUCCUUUCACUGUCCAGCGAACCCCAGGUCACUUAACAAAGCAUGUGUUACGGAAGCAGCGAGGCUGUUCAGCCUUUGCUUUUAGAUUUGUUAUUCUUCUUUUUGAUGUUGCUGGGAGGAGCUGGAUUCACUGGCGGAGGAGCCCCCAGUUUCUUAGUUUUGGCCUUCUUUACUUUGUCCUUGAUGGUUUCAAUGUCCAGCUUGUUUUGUGAAGGAGCUGUGACACGACAAGAUUAAAGGAAAUAUUAUGACACUG